GAGUCACAGGCGAAGCUGGCCCCGCUCGCUUCCCCUCGCCUUCUCUCGUUCUAUCUGCCUCCUUCUUCUCUUUCGCCUGCGCCGGGUCCCGUCGGGUUUCUAGUUUUGUUCUAAUUUGUCUUCUCGCGGCUGGAAAGACCAUUGGACCUGGGAGUCACUGAGCGCCCAUCUAUUAGGUGUAUGCUUGCCGCUGCUCGCCGAGUCCAGUCCCGAGGUCCUACCUGAGCCGACCCUGACAGGCCUUGUCCCUCACCCCGGAACCCGGCAAUGCUAACCGCUGUGUGCGGCUCUCUGGGCAGCCAGCACACGGAAGCGCCUCGUGCCUCCCCGCCGCGCCUCGAUCUGCAGCCACUCCAGACAUACCAGGGCCAUACGAGCCCGGAGGCAGGGGACUAUCCCUCCCCACUCCAGGCCGGAGAGCUACAGAAUCUCCCGCUGGGGCCUGAGGUGGACUUCUCACAGGGCUAUGAGCUGCCGGGGGGCUCCUCACGGGUGACCUGUGAGGACCUGGAAAGCGACAGUCCUUUGGCCCCGGGCCCUUUUUCUAAGCUCCUGCAGCCAGAUAUGUCUCACCACUAUGAAUCGUGGUUCCGGCCGUCCCACCCAGGUACGGAGGAUGGUUCGUGGUGGGACAUCCACCCGGGUACCAGCUGGAUGGACCUCCCUCAUGCCCAGGGCACUCUAGCCUCUUCGGGUCACCCAGGAGCGCUUCAAGCUGGCCUAGGGGGUUAUGUCGGCGAUCACCAGCUUUGCGCACCACAACCUCACACUCACCCACACCAUCUCCUCCCCGCCACCGGCGGACAGCACCUGUUAGGGCCGCCAGACGGCGCUAAACCCUUGGAAGCUGCAGCUCCCGAGACCCACGGGCUGGAUGCCAGUCUGGACGGGGCGUCACGACCCAAGGGCUCCCGGCGCUCGGUGCCCCGCAGUUCAGGCCAGGCUGUGUGCCGCUGCCCCAAUUGUCUUGAGGCAGAAAGGUUGGGGUCUCCUUGUGGGCCGGACGGGGCCAAGAAGAAACAUCUUCACAACUGCCACAUCCCGGGCUGCGGGAAAGCAUACGCCAAGACGUCGCAUCUCAAAGCGCACCUGCGCUGGCACAGCGGAGAUCGCCCCUUCGUGUGCAACUGGCUCUUUUGCGGGAAACGUUUCACUCGCUCCGACGAGCUCCAGCGCCAUCUCCAGACCCACACCGGCACCAAGAAAUUCCCUUGCGCCGUCUGCAGCCGCGUCUUCAUGCGCAGCGACCACCUGGCUAAGCACAUGAAAACCCACGAAGGCUCCAAAGAGGAGGCGGCCGGGACCGGAGCACAGUGUGAAGGGAAAUCCGGAGCUGCUGCCGAACCCCCCGGGGGUAAAGGCAAGCGGGAAGCGGAGGGCGGCGGGGGCGGCGCCGCACAGUCCAACUGAGCCAUCCUCGUUGGACGCCCCCACCAGCUCCAGUGUGCACCCUCGACUCCCACUUUGGGGUCUCAGACGUGUGACUCCUUUACCUCCGGAAUUGGCAGGCUUUUUGGAGGGAGGGGGAUGGGUGUUUAUUUAUUUGGAAGCGAAGUCAUAGUGAAGUGGUGGGGGCGAGGAGGGGCUGGGAGACGGGGCGCUUGGGUUGUUAGCCGCAGGGAGUGGGAACUGGCAAGCCUGGAGAGCCGGGCGGAGCUCCGGGGCCUAGUAGGACACCGCAGUAGCAAGUGAGCACCUGUGAGCAUAACCCCAACCCUAACACAAAUUCAGGCCUUGGGCGUCUCGGCACUCCCCCACCCCCCAAACUCCAUCCCACAGCCUGGGUACCUACUGGAGAGAGAGGGAGGGAGAGACGUCGCGUCCGGGAGCGGAGAGGAGCGGGGCAGAACCCCAGGGCGCGGGGGAAGCUGCCUGAACACGUCCCUAGUGCCUGGGAACCGGGACAUGAAAGCGCCUCCGGAGCCUCCCCACGGCCCGGGCCCCUUUCAUCCCCCUUACAGGGCUCCUCCUGUCCUUGGGGUUUCCGGAGGGGGAGGCUGGAGGUCCCAAUGGGGCGGGGUCUGCAUUUGGCUGGGCGUUGGAGGAAGGGAAAGCAGGAUUGUUGCGGGAGAAAUAACUCUCCUUUGAUCUCCUUAGCCAUUCCAGAACCACCCUGCUAGAGACUGUGAGAUGGGGGUUGGGAGGAGUGGGCUAAGCCGUAAGAUGCUCUUAUAUUUCUCCAAUUAGGGGAAAGGGUCCUUGGGAGGAGAAAAACUUUCCUAGUAAAAGUUGUCAGAGCAGAUUCGGGUUAUGAGAAAGGGCGACGGGGACCCUAAACUCCAAAUGAAUACUAAACAGUAGGAUUUUUGAGAAAAAAUAUAGUAUUCCAAAUGUUCUAAAUCUAGGGCCUGAUUUCAAGGUUUUGUGUUGACCUUAAAUUAUCUGUCCCAUUCCUCUCAUUUUUCUCUCCCGCCUCUUUCUUACACAACCCCUUCCCGUUUUGUAGGGAUGUAGGAGGUAUAGCUACAUAUUAGGUGGGACAGGGAGAUGAUGGCCUCUCAUACUUGCUUCUAUUUUAGGGAUUAAGUAGUCUGGAGAGAAGAGAGGCUGGGUCAACCCCUUCAUCAAACCAGAUCUCCAUCCCUUUCCUUUUAUUUGUAGGAAGCUUAUUUCCCUCCUCUUUCUUUUCAGCCUGAAUCCCUCCCCUCUCCCCCUGCGAAGGGUUCUCCCUUAAAGAGGAAAUGGAGACUCCAAGAUGAUGCCUGGGCCUCUUUUCUCUUUUUAAAGGAGAAAGAAACUCUAGUUGGUAGUUUUUUCUUUCCCUCCCAAUGAAGUAGUUGUGCUCUAAUGUAUAAGAUGUCUCCUUUAAGGGAGACAUCCAAAAAGCUGUCCCUUUUCCCUUCCCCUUUAGAUGUUUAAAAAUAAAUAUGAAUUGUGAUGUUGGGAAGGGACAAGAGUUGAGACAGACACUGGGAAUUGGGAAAGAAUAUGUGAUGCCAGAAGAGAGGGCCCGGAUAUGCCUAGGAACCUGAAUUCCCAUCUGAAUAGAGUCUCUUGGGAAAGGGACAAAGGAAAGUCUGAAAAAGGCUUCUUCCUCAAAGAUUCCCCCUCCCCUCUUGCCUCCCUCUGUGAGACUUAGCUGUAUUUUGAUUUUUAAGUUAUAAGUAAAGGGUAUUUUAUUUAAUAUUAGGGGUGUAUGUGUUUGUGUGUGUGCAUGGGUGUGUGGAUAUAUGUGCAUAAGAGAGUGUAUGUGUUUAUGUAUGUGUGUAUGUAGUCCUCUGCUGAGCCUGGAGUCUCCAAACAGGGAGAAUUCCAUCUCCCUCAUGUUCUUCAAGGGCCUAGGGUCUCCAGUAGCAUCUCCCUCUGUCCCCUCCUCCCAAGAGUUUAAUCCAGUUCUUGAACUGAUAACUCCUGGGCAAGAGAAACUGGGAUGUAGAUGAGGGUUGUAUGUGUAUAUGGUUUUGGGUAGAAAGGGGGGAGUCCUCCCCCUUGAGAAGGACAAGAUAUCCCCUUCUUAGGGGGAUUGUUUCUGGGGAUGGGGUAGUUUUGAGAUUUAAUGCUUUCUUCCUUCUCUUCCCUAAUCCUAUCCCCAUUCUGAGAGUCCUCUAUCUUGUUGAGAGAGGGCAUGGUCAAGAGAGCUAAUCUGGCCAGCCAAGUGGAGUAUGGGGGAGAAAGAGAAGAUACCAGCUUGUGAAGACUCCCCCUCCUCUACCUGUUGAAACCAGCCACCUCAUCUCUCUGCCACCAGAAUGGCUGCUUUGUGUAGGAUAGGUAGGGUGAAGCCUGAAGGGUACUCCAAGUUGGAAGACAUAGUCCUCCUUCCUCCAAAGGGUGUCCAUGGUGGAUAGGGUGAGAGAUCCUUUGGGAAGGGUUCCUCAGGUUCCUCUCCUCCAUAGACCUAAGUUGCUUGGCUGCCUGACUUUUCUUCCCCAAGCAGCACCCCCACCCCUAGAGGAAAUAUGUAGGAUUUUUUUCUUUAACUGCUGUGAACCCACAUUUUCCCCAAAUGAAGAGGAGAGGAAGAAAGAGAGGAAAUGGCCUCUGUGUGUGUUUAUGCUAUAAUAAAGUCAUUGACCCCUUGGUCCUCUCUUGUUCUCCA